AUGAAAUUUUUAGAUCGAUCAGGUUGCAUAAAGAAAUUAUCCGGAGGUGUUCGAUGUUGGUGUUAUGGUCAAAGUAAUUGUAACAAUCCGCAAAAUAUGAUCAAAUUAUAUGAUGCAUUCAAAACCAAUGAUGCAACGUUACUCGAUGAAGUUAUUGAUGAUAUCGAAACAUCAGAUAUUGAUGAUUAUGAUGAAGAAUUUACAACUGAAACAAUUUCUUCGAUUAAAACCAGUACUGCAAAAUAUGUUACGGAAAAUGUUAAAAAUAAAUCAACUGUAUACAUAUUUGAAAUGGAUGAUCAAAAAAUUGCAACAAAAGAUCACACUGUAACAUCUCCAUCCAUUCCAAUUGAUUUCAAUGAUAUCAAUCAAAAUCUUCCAAAUGAGCAAGAUGAUUAUGAUCCGGAAAUGGAAGAACCAAUAAAAACAACCGAAAUUUUAUCAACUGAUGAUAUAGUGAAUGAAACGAUGGAAUAUACCAAUAUAAAAGAUAUAUCAAAUCAAAAUGAGAGGAAAAUUCGGCAUAAAGAAAUUGCCGGAUCAGGUGUAAUGAGAUUGCAUAUAUCGGAAAUAUUACGUGAUACCAUUAUUUUAUUUUCAUUUACUUUCAUAAUAUUAUAA